GCUUUUUUUGACAGACGAGACUUUGUCAGUGAUCUGUUGACUUUCUGCUAGCCUGCAGAGGAAACACAGUGUAAAGAAAAAGGUCGUGUGACAAGUUUGUUAGUUUUACGUGUGUUUAAUUUAAGUGCAAAACACUUUAUCGCGAAGUCUUUCCAAAGAUAAAGUACCAGUUAACGUAGAUUUCAGGGAUAACAGUUACUUUUCAAGGAUGCAGGUGCAGAGAGUGGUUCUCAACUCGCGACCAGGUAAAAAUGGGACACCGGUUCCUGAAAAUUUCCGGCUGGAGAAUUCAACUUUAACAGCUGACCUGGAAGAUGGGGAGGUUCUUGUUCGGACGCUUUACCUUUCAGUCGAUCCAUAUAUGCGUUGCAGAAUGAACGAAGACACCGGUGCAGGAUAUUUGACUCCAUGGCUUUUGUCCGAGUGUGUGGAUGGUGGAGGUGUUGGUGUGGUUGAGUCCAGCCGCUGUGCUGGUUGCACGAAGGGAGAUGUGGUCACAAACUUCAACUGGCCCUGGCAGACCCAUGCUGUUAUGAAAGGAAGCCUCUUACAGAAGGUUCAUCCUCAGUUGGUUGAUGGCCAUUUGUCGUACUUUUUGGGAGCAGUUGGUAUUACAGGCCUCACUGCACUUUUGGGAGUAAGGGAGAAGGGUAAUGUGACCAAAGGAGCAAAUCAGACAAUGGUGGUGAGCGGUGCAGCUGGGGCAUGUGGCUCCAUUGCUGGACAGAUUGGCAGGCUGGAUGGAUGUGUGAGAGUGGUUGGUAUUAGUGGUUCUGAUGAGAAGUGCAGAGCUUUAGUGGAAGACUUGGGCUUUGAUGCAGCCAUCAACUACCGUCAAGAGGACAUUCCUGCAAGGCUCAAGGAGCGCUGCCCUCAAGGGAUUGAUGUUUACUUUGACAACGUGGGUGGAGACAUCAGUGACACUGUAAUCAAACAGAUGAACACCGGAGGUCAUGUAAUCCUGUGUGGGCAGAUCUCACAGUACAACAAGGAUGUGCCUUAUCCUCCUCCCUUGAGUGAGGAGAUCCAGGAAGCCCUGCAAAGUAAGAACAUCACCCGAGAGCGAUUUAUGGUGCUGAACUACAUGAACAAAGCCGACAGUGCCCUCUGUGAGCUCAGCCAGUGGGUUAAAUCUGGACAAAUCAAGGUGCUGGAAUCUGUGGUUGACGGCAUUGAAAACAUGGGAGAUGCAUUUUGCUCCAUGAUGAAAGGGGGAAACACUGGCAAGCAGAUUAUAAAGAUAUCAGAGUGAAUAAACAACCUGUAGCCUCCAGGAGAGACUGCUCUCUCCAGACACUUUGGGAAAAUAAACAGUGGUCUUUUUCAUCACGAUCAUCAAUAAUAAUCUGAUGAACCCUGUUUAGAUAUUGCAUUGGAUUGGCUAACACCAGCUGGUUACUUUUAUUGAAAUAUGUUCCUGGAAAUGUUAUCGAAAAUAUAAUAAUAUUCUAUGAGUACUAGUGCGAUACGUUUUGAACAUCAGUACUUGGAUUAGACUUUUGGCAUUAGGUGCUGCGGUAAACAAUAUGAGUUGGUAUAUUGGAGCACUGCCUCAUGAUGAUAAUCAAAGUAUUAUGUAUUCUGCAACAGUUUUAAGUUCUUUUAAAAAGUCAAUUCCAGUCCUAACAUCAGAACUGUUUAGUAUGGAAACGCAAGCUGCCAAAAAGUCAAAAAAAACAACAACACAAUUGAUAUCACAAUUCAGAUUUAUUUCAAUUAAAUUGGCCUUAUAGCCUAUAAAAUCAUUUACCUCAUAGCAGUGGAAGAUUACAUCAAUGGGUUCAUCCACAAAGCUUAUUCCACAAGGCAACAGCCUCUUCGCUAGCUUUAUUCAUAAAACUACACCCCCUGAUUGCGUACUGAGAUUUAUAUACUGUUUAAUGGUUCAGUAUCAGGCUGGAUUGUUAAAAAGUACAAAGGUUUCCUGGUAACAGCACUUGAAAGGUUGCACCACUGUACCAACUUUAUAACACUGUCAUAUUGAACUACUUGUCUUUGACUUUAUUGACCAACUGAACUCUAAACUGUGCUCGCUUAUGACACAAAGCAACAGCCUCUUCGCUAGCAUUUUUAUCUAACUGAGGCUAGCUUUAUUCAUAAAACGAUAUGCCACCCUGUGUGUGUACUGAGGCGGGCUUGUUAAGAAGUACAAAGGUUAGCUACUAGCAGCAUUUGAAAGGUUGCACCAUUGUUCCAACUUUAUAACAAUGUCAUAUUGAACUACUUGUCUUUUACUUUAUUGUGCCAUCAUUGUUUGAUAUGAUUUAUUGUCUCUCAUAAUGUAAAACCAAAUUAAUUUAGCUAACUCUAUUUAGUAGUUAAGCUUAUACCUGAAGUGCUUUCACUAAAAGCAGGCUUUUUUUGUUAUAUGAAGAAAGUUAGCUGUAGCUAGCUAACAAGGCCGGGACCUGCUGAUUUCCCCUGACAUAAUUUUGAAGGAGGCAACAGACAAAGCUGUAACAAAGUGAAAUAAAAAAAUCUGGAUUUUCUUUAUCCUUGACAUUGUGUAGAUGUAAUCUUGGUCUGUUUUUUCAUAAUACCGAUUUAUUUUAAGAUUUUUAAGUAGCAAUAGCGAGAUAACUUUGUUUCCAGCUCAAGUUUUAGUUACAAAAAUAACCGGAGUGAUGCUACAGCAUUAAACUUAUUUCAUGUU